AUUUGACCGACAGUCGAUAACAGAAUCGCGCGAAUCACUCCAAUCAAACGGUAGGACAUUCAAAGAAUAAGAUCAGUUCGAAGCGCGAUCUUAUAAAAGACGCGCGUGUUAGUUUGUUGAACAUAUUUAGUGAAACUUUUACAACACUAUGAGGCUACUCAUCAUCAGCGCACUCUUCGUCCUGACAGUCCACGCCAGGACUACGGUCAGGCAGCAAGCCAUAACACCACACAUCACUUCGUUGACUGACAAGGAUGCCAGACAAAAGGCCCGGGUUCACCCGGCGUUUGCGAAUGCUGGCACACGCGCCGGACUCGAGUUGUGGAGGAUAGAGAACUUUGAACCAGUACCGGUGUCUCAAGCAGAUGUGGGAAAAUUCUAUAAAGGAGAUUCAUACAUUGUAUUGAAGACCACAGCCGACAAACGCAACAAUUUAUCCUGGGACAUCCACUACUGGAUCGGCAGUGAGAGCUCCCAGGACGAGUCAGGGGCGGCGGCCAUCUUGACUGUGGGGCUGGACGAUAAGUUCCAGGGUAAAGCGGUGCAGCACCGGGAGACCAUGGGGUACGAGAGCUCGCAGUUCCUGAACUACUUCACUGGAGGAGCGGUUCGCUACCUGGACGGUGGUCACCAGUCCGGGUUUAACCACGUGGUGACUAACCCUGGCGCUGAGAAACGUCUCUUCCAGGUCAAAGGGAAAAGGAAUGUUAGAGUUAGACAGGUGGAUCCUCUGAUCUCCUCAAUGAACAAGGGCGACUGCUUCAUUCUGGACAUAAACAACGACAUCUUCGUGUACGUGGGAGAGAAGGCGAAGAAUGUGGAGAAGCUGAAAGCUGUCUCCAUGGCCAAUCAGAUCCGGGACCAGGAUCAUAAUGGGAGGGGCAGGGUGGAGAUCAUUGAUCAAUACUCCAGCGAGGUGGAUGUCCAGAAAUUCUUCACAAACCUCGGAUCCGGCUCCAGAGACUUGGUGCCUGAGGAGUCUGCCGGCGGUGAUGAUCAGGCUUUCGAGAGGAACGAGGAGAAUUCCGUGAUACUGUCAGAAGUCUCAGAUAGUUCCGGCAAGCUGAAGAUCACCGCUCUACCGGCGCCUUUCCGGCAGGAGCAGCUUAAGGCACAGGAAACGUAUAUACUUGACACUGUUAGCGGAAGCAUCUACGUAUGGGUUGGAAAGCAAGCGACGCAAAAGGAAAAAUCCGAAGCUAUGGCGAAAGCACAACAGUAUCUGACUUCUAAGAACUAUCCAUCAUGGGUGCACGUCGCAAGGAUCCCGCAGGGAACCGAACCCGCUAUCUUCAAGCAGUACUUCAGCACCUGGCGCGACGUAGGCAUGUCUCACAACCGCCUGGUCAGGUCCGCCGGUAAGGGCCAGCAUUAGACUUAACAGAAGAAACGCAUGCCACACUAAAGACAGAAACACACUCACAAAACGAAUCGCGUUUGCUUAGGGCGACGCCUCAUUAGUGCAUUGCAUUGUGUCGUCGCAACAGAGCAAUAGGACGACGCAACUAUACGUACAAUACAAACAAUAGAAGAUCCGAAUUAGAAACUUUCACCCAUCUGUUUAAUGGAUGAAAAAUUAUUUAUAAAAAAUUGGUACGUUAAAAAUACAUUGCGAGUAAGUUUCAUAAGAAUCUCCUGGGCAAAUUAUGAUUGACCAUUAUUAACUAUUGUUAAUGAUUGUUUGGCCAGGAGAUUUUGAGGCAAACAAACAAACAACAAGAUAUUUUUGAAUAUGCUAAUUCUGAUAUAAAGUAUUUUUAACCCCCGACGCAAAAAGAGGGGUGUUAUAAGUGUGUCUGCCAGUCGGUCUCUGGCACCAUAGCUCCCCAACGGAUGAAGCGAGUUUUAUUGAAACGUCGCCUGCGACGAUGCAACGCUGCAAUGUGGCAUGACUUUUAUGGCAACGCACUAAUGGGGCAGCACUUUACUGUCGCUAAUAAAAAUCAAAAAUGUCAAAAAUAAAAUGGUUA